AUGGCCAUAUCGUCACGCCUCGCCCUGUGGGAGCAGAAGGAAAGUGGUGUUUGGGGGGCUGUGUCCACAGGGCCGGACUCCACCCUGGCUAGAUGGAUCCGAGAAGAGGACAAGAGUCCCCCUCCGUCCUCCCCACCUCCCCUGUUCUCUGUCAUCCCUGGGGGCUUCAUCAAGCAGCUGGUUCGAGAGACAGAGAAAGAGUCCAAAGAGGCCAGACGGAGGAAAGAGGCAGCACUCGCCUCCCCAGAAGGAGAAACCCCAGAAGUUCCCACUAACCAAGCCAACAAGACCAACCCUGUUCCCAAGCCUGGAAGCCGGCAGACUUCCCAGGACAGCCCAUCAGCCACCACGAAGAGUGCAGACAUUCCAGGCAGGGAGCCCCCAGGGGCUGAAGACAAGAACGCCGUGUCUGUGACCAGCACUGUUGGGGAGCGGCCGCAGGAGUCGGGUCCCGCAGGAACACCAGCCAAAAGGACACUGCCCUUCAAGAGGGGCGUGAGGAGGGGUGAUGUGCUGCUGAUGGUGGCCAAGCUAGAUCCGGAGCUGGCCAAGCCAGAGCAGAAGACUCAACCUCGUGACACCCCCUCGGACAAGACCCCAGCUCCAGACACAGACCCUGGAGGGACAAAGGAGGAGACAACCACGGGGACUCCCUGUGGCCCCCGGGCACCCAUACCAGAGAAGACCAGGACUAGGGGUGACGGAGACACAGGCCAGGGCACAAAAGGUGGGAAGUGUCAGGGCACGGAGGGAAAGAGGAGCCGGGACCCCCAGACUAAAGGGCAAAAAGAAUGUGAGUCCCAGAGCACGGAGGGGCAGGGGACCGGGUCCCCAGCCCAGGGGGCAGGAAACAAGGGACAAGAGGGGACAUCAGAGAAAGAAGGAGGGGGUGGUCCAAAGAAGAUGGAAAAGGGGGGUGGACCCAAGGAUGCAGGCGCUGAAGUGAGACCCAUGGAGCCCCCAGUCCCCACGAGGAAGUGGGGAGGUCCCCUGGGCCCAAGGAGCAAGUGGGGCAGUCCUCAGAGUAAGAACAGAGAGAGGGAACCUCGAUGUGGGGACGAGAAGAUGGGUGACCGCCAAGGCACAGCAGAGCCCAGGGGGCAGCAGCAGGAGGCUCCAGGGAGGAAGGAAAAGGCAGGGGAACCCCAGAAGAAGCCGGUGACACCAGAGGAACACCGGGAGCAGCCCGGGGUGGCAGCUGCGACUCAGAGCCCUGAGGAAAGCCGCGAGGCCCCAGCUACGGAAGGGACAGUGGCAGACGCUGUAAGGAAGGAGGACCAGCCAGGAAGCAGGGUGCGGGGAGCGGAGGAGCCCUGUGUGCGCGCAGAGGAAGAUGUGGACAUUGUGGAGCCUCGGGCAGAAGGUCAUGUAGCGUCUGCCCCCAAGAUCCAAGUGGAAAAGCCUUCUAUGCAGAAGCCGGUGGAGGAGGAGCCGGGCCUGCAGGACCCAGGCCGUGGGGGCCAGAGUGGAGACUCUGACCAGGUGAGGGGUCGUGGGCUGUGGAGCAUGAAGAAUGGGAAGGACGUGCCCUAG